AUGGGCGCCAUUCAUAGCAAUCUACAUAAAACCAUUUUAAAGCAGAUGCCAUUAACCCUCUUCCGAAUAACAUCAUUCGAUGAUAAGUCUCACUCGUCUCUCUGUGAAUGUUUCAUUUCUUUCUUUCUUUCUUUCUUUCUUUCUUUCUUUCUUUCUUUCUUUCUUGUUCUGUUUCCACCCCUUAAUAACUCUUUCUGCCUUUUUCUAAUUUUCUCUUUCUCUGAUUCUUUAUGUUUGCCCGCUUGUCUCCUUUCUCCUUCUCUCUUUUUUUGCAUGUGGUUCUCUCUCUCUCCCUCUCUCUGCCCAUCUCACUCUCUAUAUCUAUUUAUCCAUCUUUGUUUUUUGUUUCUCUAUAUGGCUGAUUUUUCUACGUCGUUUUUUUUUCUUUUUCUUGAUAUAUUUCUGUUUUUUUUUUAUCUUUUUCUUGCUCUCUCUCUCUCUCCCCUCUCUCUCCCUCUCUGUUGUUUCUGUAUUCCUCUCUCAAUUUCACUUUUCCCACUUCCUUUAUCUAGCUAUUUCUGUUUGUUUCUCUUUAUUUCUCCCAUAUUUUGUCUCUCUCUCUCUUCCUGUCUGUUUUUGUGUUAUAUUUAUCUCUCUCUCUCUCUCUCAAUUUUUGUAACCCUCUCUUGUCCCUAUGUUUCUCUCUUCAUUUUCCUCUGGUUCUAUUUAUGUCUUUUUCUUUCACUCGCUAACUUUCCUUUUUUCUCUCGAUCGGUUUUAAUCUUUCUCUCCUCAUUUCUCACUCUCUCUGUUUCUGUCUCUCGCUCCAUGUUUAUAUAA